AUGGGUGACAUGGGCUUAGGAAUAGCUUCCCUCUUGGUCAAGUAUUCGUACCCGGUUAUCACCGACCUCAAUGGCCGAAGUCCCAAUACAGUAGCUCGCGCAGAAGCAGCCGGUGUCAAGGAUGUCUCCUUCCUCGACCUCCUUUCAGAAGCCUCGAUAGUUCUGUCUGUCCUCCCUCCAGGUCAUGCUUUGUCGUUAGCAGAAAGGACCGCAUCACUGAUCGGCAUCGCCUCACGUGAUCGAAAAGACAAACUGGUUUUCAUCGAUCUGAACGCCAUCUCUCCCUCUCUCGCACGGAAUAUAUCUUUGGUCAUCGAAAAUUCCGGAGUCACAUUCAUAGAUGGAAGCAUCCUCGCCUAUCCAUCCAAGCAGCUUGACGACGGUACCUGGUUUCGCCCCUCAAUUCCCAUCUCUGGGCCCGACUUCCCUUCAUCUCCAUUCACAUCCGAACUCACCUCUCUCCUGAACAUGCACCAUAUCAGCCCAUCAAUCGGCGCCGCAUCUGGGCUCAAAAUGUGUUUCUCGGCCAUCAACAAAGGGUUGACUGCCAUCUCAAUCCAAGCUUACAGCACGGCGCAUAAUCUGGGUGUCCUGGAAGAGUUGGGGGAUUAUAUGGAGAAGUACUUCCCGGCGCUGCAUAGGGUGAUCGAUGGGGCUAUUGUGGCGAGUCAGAAGAAGGCUUAUAGGUGGGUUAACGAGAUGGAGGAGAUUGAGAGUUGUUUUGUGGAGGAGGGUGGUUGGGAUAAGGGUAUAUUUGGAGGGGCGGCGGAGGUUUUCAGGUUUGUGAGGGAGAUACAACCGAAGGGUGAAGUGAAGGCGGUAGUCCAGGAAGUGAGUGGCGCGCUGAGGAGAAGGAGGAAGAGUUGUUAG